AUGCGCUCUUUCAUCGCUGCUUCGCUCUUCGUGGCUGGUGUUACUGCUCAGACCACUAGUAGCUUCCUUGACUGUGCUACCGCCGCCCUGGACGGCAUUGAUGCUUCCAAGUUCAAGGACUGCACCGGCCUGACCUCGCAAGAGUGCUUCUGUAACAACAAAGAUGCCGUCGAGACUCUGUCCGAGGCCGCCGAGGACAUCUGCAAGGAAGCCGGCGUUGACUUGAGCUCCCUCGACACCUCCCUCUGCUCCAGCAACCGCCAAGCCGCACCCGCCCGACACGCCUCCCAGCCCAUGAUGCCAGCAAACAUGAAGCGCGCCUACUCCCCCGACAGCCCGGCACCCGCGAUGCCCGCCGAGCCCCGCGUGAUCUAUGUGACCGAGACCCGCACUGAGUGCGCCUGCAAGAGCACCCCCACCAAUUCGAUGCAUAUCUCGCAGAUUCCCGUCGACGUCCCCGCCAGCUCCAGCAUGGGCGGUAUGCUCGCUGCUUCUUCGCCUGCCGUCUCUAACGGUGUUCUUGUCGGCGCUUCGUCGUCUUCUGCCAUCUUUGGUUCGCAGGCUUCGGCGGCGACUCCUACGCCCUCUGGUGCGGAUCCCAACCGCUUCCAUGCUUUCCAGGGUGCCGCGCCUCAGGUUAGGGCUGUGUAUAGUGGGGUUGCGGCUUUCGGGGUUGCGGCUGUUAUGGGUAUGAUGAUUGCUCUGUGA